AUGAUUCCGCCGUUGUUUCCCCUUUUGAAAAGGGUAUUACCCCUCCUUGCAGCCUGCCACCAUUUCCAGUAUUAUGGUCCAGUCCAAGUCGAGGCAUGGAUACCUCCCCCGCCACACAAGAGAGACGAGUGGGAAUCUGUGCGAGCCAUGAGAUCACGCUUAGGCUUGGCAUUCAACUAUACACCUCGAUUGCUCCAUGAGGAAACGUGUCGAUUCUUGACAGAGGAGGCAUGCCGAAACGCAGACGAGGGUAUGAUUGAGCACGCCUCCAGUCUUCGGGCCCUUUCCAACAUCUUUCAACAUAAACAAGUGCAGGCAUCCAACGUCCGACCUGAGGGUUUCAAUCCCAACAAAGGAGUCAUCAGAGUACUGGUCCUGCUUGUUCGGUUUACAGAUCAUCAAGAGCGCCCCCUGGUUCCAAAGGAAGAGAUUGAGGCUUUUUGGAACGAAAGGGCAGCGAGAUGGUUCGAAGUCAACAGCCAUGGGGUCUACAAGGUUGAAGCCGUUGUAACUGAUUGGUUAGACACCGACAACACAGAGUUACACUAUAAUUUGGAUGGCAAGAGAGGCAUCGACAUUAAGUUUCAACAGGCACUGUGGCCGGUCCUGGAUGCACUCGACCAGGACCCUUCUUGGGAUUGGGCGCCAUUUGAUCAAGACAAAAAUGGAAAAAUCGACUCGGUAGUGUGCAUGCACAGUGGAUAUGGCUCGGAAACGCAAGAAACGGAUGAAUUUGAUACCCCGUGGGAAGACAGAAUCUGGGCGCAUGCGUUUACCACUAGCGGGAAUGAUCCAUGGCUCUCCAAGCGCGAUGGACUCGACUUGAAAUUGUGGGGUUACACCGUCGCAUCGUCCUUUGAGGACUCCGAAGGGGUGGUCCCUGCCAAGAUUGGGCUGACGGCGCAUGAAUAUAUGCAUACGUUUGGGCUUCCUGAUUUGUAUGAAACUGGAGAGGACGCUUUCCUCGGUAAUGGUAUUGGCGGAUUCGAUAUCAUGGGGGACCCAUACGGUCCUAAUGGUGAUGCCGAUUUGCCAGGACACCUGAAUGCGUACUCCACGUUCCUCGCGGGCUGGGGUACCCCAAAGCUGAUUGAGUAUGACGGUGUCUUCACAUUACAGCCACUGGAAGUUGCAGACGACUCAUACAAGAUUGUGAUCAACUCAUUUGGAUCCAAAGAAGAAUAUUUGCUCUUGGAAAACAGGCAACAACUGGAGUUCGACAAGUUUUUGUAUGGCAGCGGUCUUGGCAUUUAUCAUAUCGACGACUUUGCCAAGGAGCAGGACACAAGGGGUUAUCCAGGGCAAGAGGGUUGGCCGGAAAAUAACCAGCACUAUGCAUGUGCCAUGCUACAGGCUGAUGGAAACUACAACCUGGAAAAAGGCGAAAAUAAGGGUGACGCCGGAGACUUGUGGCAGCCUGGCCAGGUUCUAGGGCCUGGUCGAGGAAACACAGUCUUUCCAAACACCGAUGCAUAUGCCGAUGGGUUUAUCGCAGAAUCCGGAGUCGUCAUCACCGUUUUGGAGGGUGAGGGCCAAAACGUCAGAUUUGAGGUGUCAGGGCUGGGGAGUGACCCCAAUAUAGAUGUAACGUCCGCUGUUGUUGAUAUCGGAGGCAAUGCGACUGGUGCUCCUGCGGAAAACAACGCAUCCACCACCGCUCCAAAUAUUACCGUUCCAGCUAUUAAUACCACCGCUCCAGCCACCGCCGCACCAAACACCACUGUUCCAACCAUGUCUCCCGCCGGGGAUCCCUCUGCAACAACUAUGUCUCCCAGCGGCAUGAUGCCCGCAAAUAUGACAACGAACGCUACGAGUACUGCCAACCCCACAAUGGGUCCUUCUUCUGGUAACAAUGUUUCAAUCUCUGACAUGCCAAAUGCCACCGUUGAUACUGGAAACGCCACGACAGCUAUGCCAACUACCGGUGCAGAUACCGGUAGGAAUGCUACUACAUUGCCACCAAAUGCCACUUGCGGAAGUGAAGUUUGUGAUGCGGCAGAUGAAUACUGCUAUAAGGAUGCUGAGGCCAACAUCACGCAAUGCAUUCCAACAUUCUAUGAUUGUGGUGCCAGGGAGUGUCCCAACAAUCCCAACAGCUAUUGCGACAUUGAUUCAGGCACUUGCAAGUUAUUCAUAUGGGUUUGUGAAGGAGUGAACACAGAGCAGCAAAAAUGUGAUGAUAAAACAGCUUGGAAGCGUUGGACUCUUUCAGGUGAUUCUUCUUCUGUCUCCACAGCAACAAUUUGUGGCAUCGAAGACUCUGUCUGCAAUCCAGAGGCAGGAGGAGGUGGUGGCGGCGAGUCUGCAGCUGUCAGCAACAACCCCAGCUUUGCUCAUGCUCUCCUUUCUGUUGGCACACUCGCAGCUGCAAGUGCAUACUUGUGGUUUCAACCCUUCUCCUUCUAGCUAGUAGAUAGAUAGUACCAGUGGUAGCAAAUAAAAUGCUAUCUUUUCCUUCUCACAAUAACAUGCUUUUGCCAAACUCCCUUGUCGAAACCUGGAGGCACCAGAAUUGUAGCACUUCCUGAUGUAAACCACGAAGAGUUGCCGGUCUACAGUUAGUUUGACUCCGACCGGCGAGAGAAUGAAAUGGAUAUCCUUUUUGCUGUUUUGGCCGAGAUAUCGGC